GAAGAAGAGACUUGAGAGUGAUCAAUGCUCAUUGAGCAUAGACAAUACAAAAAGGCUGAGCUUGAAUUAAAGUGGUCUUGGUUCUUGAAUGAAAGCAAAUGGGUGUUUAAAAAAAUAACAAGCUUGGAGAACAAAAACAAAAAUAUAAAGAAAUUUGGUAAAUUUAAAAAUGACAUCAGCUUCAUCAAGCAGUGCCCGUUCCUUGUUCGCGGAGUCGAAACAGCGAUUAGCUGAGAGAGUUCAAGUGAAUAUGAAUAACAUAGCAUCUCUUGCUAGACAGAUUCAGCGAGGGUCAAAAUCAAACGAGCUCCUGAUGAAGUCAGCUAGAGAGAUGGCGUCUACCGAGCACCUCACAGAAGGCAGUGAAGAGAACCUUAAGAAAAUGCAACUCAUUGCAGUACACAUGGGCUAUCAAUAUGAGAACAUUCUGAAGUCUGCCCAAAUGCUAACCGAAAUCAGCGAACAAGUCUCCACAAUGCAAACAUGAAUAAGAUAGAAACAUUUUAUGGAUUAUUAAUGACUGUUCUUUAUUCAAACUACUAGCGGCCCACCAUUGUUUUGCAUUUGUAAAGUAUAAUAUUGUGUCAUUCUUUUCAACAAGCAUGUGUGUUAGAUUAAAAUGUAUCAAUCAAUGAA